AUGAAACUGAAUGUGGAUGGUGCAAGUAAAGGGAAUUCGGGUCCCAGUGGUGGGGGUGGAGUAAUUCGGGAUUCAUCUGGAAAUGUAGUGAUGGCUUUUGCUAAUUUCUAUGGGCACUGUACUAACACUGAGGCUGAAAUGAGGUUGAUUCUGGAUGGCCUGCAACUGUGUGCAAGCAAGGGGUAUCAUGGCUGUCAGACUUUUCAAGUAUUACCUUAUAAUAUCUAUUUCAGUAUUGAUCGAAAAGAUAAAGCCAGCUCCUUAGGUGCAAAUAGGCAUUGGACAAGUUUUAACUUUGUUCCGAUUUUCUUAAGGUACAAUGUCUAUGAUUCUCUGUCUGACAUAUGGAACCAUGACUACUAUGACGUUGAACUGGUAGCCACCUUGCAAACAGGGAAUUACUUUACAAAUAAUGCUAGCAAAACUCUAUUGUAUGAGAUGUGA